UGCUGGUAUGCUUGAUUAUUUGCCGAGAAAAGAGGAUAUGAAAUGGUACAAUAAAUGGUUUGCCAGCGAAGAAAGUUUGGAAAAUGGAUUUAUAGCUAAUCAAACAGAUGUGGUAGAAUGGGUACAAUCAACCAGAAGAGAAACCUUUGCAAGAUGA